AUGAUUUUGGAAGCUGGUUCAAAUCCUAUAGAAACCAUUAAACACCCUGGGGAAUUUCAUACAAUGUUGAAAACAGUUUUAUAUCCUAAAGACUUCGAUUCAAUCUCAGGCUGGAUACCCGAUGUUGGCAAUGGAAAUGUUUUAAAAGAACCAGUACGAAAUCUUGCAAAUGAUGCCGAUUUAGCUAGAGUGAGAGUUGUUGCUCGAAACACAAUAGAAAGAGUAGCACGAGCAGCUAAUCAUGAAUUCGAAAAACGAGUAGUUCAGUACAAUAAUGUUGUUGAGAAUAAUAGGUGGGGCAGCAUAACUUUAACUGGAGAAUCCACUACAUGGCCAAUCACUAACACUACUAAACCAAGAUAUUUAAUGGUUGGUUUCAAGAACUUACCAGAUUCUCAAACGAAUAACAAUAAUGUCUUUAGAGCAGCAAUGAACCAAACUCAAGAUCCUAUAAUCCGUAGAGUUCAAGUAAGAUUAAACAACGAUAAUUAUCCUAACCAACUUUUAACAAUUAAUCCAUCCAUGAAGGAUUAUAAUGAAUUGUAUAGAAACUAUAAAAAUAUGUGUGAAUUAUUUGGAAAUUCACAUCAGUUUGAAUAUGUAGAUUUUGCACUUAAUCAUCCAAUCUUCUGUUUUGAUCCAUCAGCUCAUCAAGAAGAUCUUUUCAAAACAGGAGUAAACAUAAAUAUUAAUAUUGAAAAAACACGAGGAGAUGUAACCGGGUAUUGUUUAUUAUUGGAAGAAGCAAAACAUUUAAUUAAAAUAUCCGAAAGACGGAUGAUUCGUAUAGAAUAA